UCCGACCAGCUCCACUCCCCUGUCACCGCGGCGCCCGCAGCACCAAGGGCGCGGCGGCCUCGCCCUUUACCGCGAUCUCCAACCCCGGGCCGCCAAGCACCGCGCCUCCCGGCAUUGAGCAGGGCGCGGUGACAGCGCACGGUUACCUGUCUCCAGCUCAGCUCCACCCGAAUGAGGCGCCGACACCCCACUCCGGGGCUCCAAACUCUCGGCCCCGCCCCGGCGUAUGGCGUCAACACGUAGCCCUCCCCUGGAGAAGAAGGCCCUCCUCUCCCGCAGUGGACGGAUUGGUGACGUCACAGAGCGGCGCCGGGUGUCACGGCGCCGACCGCGCAGUUGCAGAAGCCAGGGCCGGCUGGAGCCCAGCGGUUUGCUCCGCUAGAGAGAUAAGAUUGAGUCUGUGGACUUCCGGCGGCUUCUACGAUCCUAAGUAAUUUCGAAAAAAAACACUCGAGAGCCCGCGUUGAGAACCCAAAGGAACGCUUCAGGCCAUCGUAGCCACCAAGCCUGGCCAUAUUCCAUCCAACGUUUCCCUUGGUGCUCCGUGACCCAAAUCAGUAACUGGGGCUGCAGGCGGGCGUGACUGCGCAGACGCCUCUCCCCCGCGGCGCAGCUGGGUACAGCUAGCAGGCGCCCUUUCUCUGAAUGGCGUCGCUGUGGCAGCGCGCAGGCGCAGAACAGCAGAGGCGCAGGAGGCAACUAUCGUACCCAGAUGUGGGAUAAGCAGAAGGAGGUUUUCCUGCCCUCGACCCCUGGCCUGGGCAUGCACGUGGAAGUGAAGGACCCCGACGGCAAGGUGGUGCUGUCCCGGCAGUACGGUUCGGAGGGCCGCUUCACGUUCACCUCCCACACUCCUGGUGACCAUCAAAUCUGUCUGCACUCCAACUCUACCAGGAUGGCUCUCUUCGCUGGUGGCAAACUGCGUGUGCACCUUGGCAUCCAGGUUGGGGAGCACACCAACAACUACCCUGAGAUUGCUGCAAAAGAUAAGCUGACGGAGCUACAGCUCCGUGCCCGCCAGUUACUUGAUCAGGUGGAACAGAUUCAGAAGGAGCAGGAUUACCAAAGGUAUCGUGAAGAGCGCUUUCGACUGACCAGCGAGAGCACCAACCAGAGGGUCCUAUGGUGGUCCAUUGCUCAGACUGUCAUCCUCAUCCUCACUGGCAUCUGGCAGAUGCGUCACCUCAAGAGCUUCUUUGAGGCCAAGAAGCUGGUGUAGUGCUCUCUUUGUAUGACCCUUCCUUUUUACCUCAUUUAUUUGGUACUUUCCCGAUACAGUCCUUUAUCCACCUGGAUUUUUAGGAAAAAAAAAUGAAAAAUAAUAAGUCACAUUGGUCCCAUGGCCACAAACCAUUCAGAUGAGCCACUUACCAACCCUGGUUCUCAAAGACACAGGACAUUAGUCCAGUCUUGCAACAUCCAUCUUAGGGCUUGUAGGAAAUCAAAGCUAACCCAGGACUCAGUUUUGCUUCUUUUGCCUCGAGUGAUUUCUCUCUGUUUUUCACGAAAUAAGCAAAUGAAAAAUCUCUCCAUUACUUUCUGUUUCCCUUUGUCUGCUUAUGCAGUAGGUGACUGGCAUGCGCCACAGAGCAGGCCUUGCCUCACUGUCUGCUGGGUUCACUCCAUGGCUUUGUGAAUGUAAAUAAGGGGCAGGUCUUGACCCUAAAGAAGUGAGAUGUUUUUCUAUAUCUUAGAACUAUUUUUUGAUAAAUUAUAUAUUUUCCUUCCUAGUAGAAGUUUUACUGCCUGUAAAUGGCUUAGAACACCAAUGCAAUCCUUCUGCAUUCUGUUUUGUUUUUUUGUUUCUUUUUUUGAGUCAGAGUUUUGCUCUCGUCGCCCAGGCUGGAGCGCAAUGGCGUGAUCUUGGCUCACUGGCAACCUCUGCCUCCCGUGUUCAAGUGAUUCUCCCACCUCAGCCUCCCAAGUAGCUGGGAUUACAGGUGCCCACCAUCAUGACCAGCUAAUUUUUGUAUUUUUAGUAGAGACAGGGUUUCACCAUGUUGGCCAGGCUGGUCUUGAACUCUUGACCUCAGGUGAUCCACCCAUCUCAGCCUCUGCAUUCUGUUUAUUCACACAUUUUUGGUAACUCCCAUGGCAGCUCCUAGGAUUUCAGCAGCCUGUGGGGCAGAAAGCCGGCGUUGGGGCUGCUCUGCCAAGCAGAAUUCUCUUGGAUACCUGCUUUUCAUCCCACAGGGCCUCAGAGUCAGAGGUAAGGUGGCAACAGAACUAGCAUGGGGCAGUGCACUCUUAUCCUUCCUUUCAAUUUUUAUUUAAGCUGUGCGAAAUGUUUUCGUCAGUGGUUCUUUACAGCAUUUUCCAGUGAAAUAAAACAUGUUGUAAUAGCUGUGUUUGAAAUAAGAGGUUGUGGGCAGAGGGGAGGCAUCUAAAGGAAAAGAGGAAAGGUAUCUGGACUGCCAGAUGACCUGGAGUGCACUUCACUGUGGACUGGUGGUGCUAAGGUUUGUCCUGGACAGGCAGUCCAGGGGCUAUGGGAAUACACGGGGUGGCUGCUCAACCAUUCGCAAAGGUCAACCAAAUAGACCACAUAUCUGCAAGGAAUCAUCUGAGGAAAUUAAGUACCUUGUUUCUUAGCCCUCUGAAUCAUAAAUCUGAACAAAUUUUAAGCUAUUUCCCUCAUGCCCUUCUAUAUAAAACUUAAUGCCAUUAGUUCCCCAUUCUUGACAUUUUAUUUCAGUUUUUAUUAUAUAUUUAUUUAAAAUAUGUAUUAAAUUAUCUGACCUACAGAACUAAA